AUGUUCGACAUGCCCUCCUUCAUCAACAGCGACUACGAGUUCUUCGAUCAAUUCGGCGACGGCAACUAUAACAACAUCUACCUUGGGAAACGCAUGUUCGGCCCGGCAAAGAAGCAGAAAUUCCUCAGCACCAUCACCGGCGGUAUGGAACGACGUUUCGAAUUCCUGGACAGCCAAGUCAACCACCAAUCGUUCACCCAUCUGUGGUCCGAUCGCAACCCGACGAAAUGCCGGAAUCCACAGGUUUCCUGCAUUGACGAUAGCCGUGUUCAGCUGCGCUCCGAUGACGACGGCGAGACGUCCUUCAUCCAUGCUAACUGGGUUCGCGGCGGGCCCCUCUUCAACGAAUUCAUCCUCACCCAGGCGCCGAUGGACACGACUGUUGAAGACUUCUGGCGGAUGGUGUGGCAAGAGAAGGUGCCCUACAUCUUCAUGCUCAUCAGCCGUAAGCAGCCGGAGCGAUGUGUCCGCUAUUGGCCAAAGGAACAAGACGGCCUGCUGCGGUUGACCGAGAUGAACGUGCGACAUUGUGGCGUCGAUGAGGAGCGGGACCCGCUGUUUCGGGUGACCCACAUUGAGGUUGUGCACGACAACGGGCAGACGCUGCGCCUCGAGCAUUGGCAGGCCGACAUGAACAAUACGAAUAAUUUGGAGGCUCCGCUCCGUCUGCUGCACCUCGCACGCAACAGCUCGAAGCCCGUCAUCGUGCACGAUUGCCUCGGAAUCAGCCGUGCCGGAUGUCUGGUCACCAUCGAGGCGGCGAUUGCCAGUCUGAUCCGCGGUCCCACUUACAAGCACACCAUCCAGAAAGCCGUCCAAUUUGUGCGCUCGCAGCGGGCCUUCUGUAUUGAAACCCCGAUGCAGUACAUCUACGUGCACCGCUGCGUGGCCCACUUCUUCGAGGGCAUCAUCGGCAAGAUUCCGCUCUUCGAUUCGGACUACCGCCAAUGGCUGGAGCGACGCGCCGGCCGCAUGUUCCUCGACUUCAACGAGCCGUUGCCCGGCCAUCUGAUGCUGAGCCCGCGCGUCGAUCCCGAUCUCCUGAAGCAGGUGCGUUUU